AUGAAAUCAAACAAUACUAUUGCGUCCAUUAUAAUUCUCUGCAUUAAUCUUAUUUUUGCUUCAACCCUUGUCUCUUCCACUCCAAAUCCUAAGACACCACCAACUCAUCCCAAAACACCACCUCCUCCAUCAAAACUCCCACCAAGUCAAAUGACACCACCACCCCAUCUCAUGACACCACCACCUAUGGUACCUCCUUCCGUGCAACCUUCUACACCCCCACCAACUAUGACGAUCGCACCACCUUGUCCUACUACACCACCACCUAAAACAAAUCCAUCCGCACCCCCUUCAAAUCCUAUGACAACACCUCCCAUAGUCUCUCCUUCCACACCACCGCCAAGUCCUACGGCAACACCCCCUAUGAUCUCUCCUUCCACACCACCACCAAGAUAUUUGACACCCCCGCCUAAGAUAACUCCUACGACGUCACCUACUUGGAUUGGACGAGAUACUAAGCCUUGUUGCAACCUCAUCAAUGGUCUUAUUGAUCUCGAAGCCUCUAUAUGUCUAUGCGCUGCACUUAAGGCUAAUAUCUUGGGAAUCAUCAUUAUUGAUCUUAACAUUCCCUUGCAAUUAAUCUUGAACCGAUGUGGGCGUCAAAUGCCUACAAAUUUCAAAUGCAGCCGUUAA